GAUAGAAAACGAGUCGAGUGAAUAAAGGGGAUUGCCUUCAGACUAUAAUCAGUAGGAGAAAAUGCUAAAAACUCAUCAUUUACAGCCUUGAAUACGCGAUGGAAAUAGCACAAAGUUAGCUGAACAAGGUUUUUCAUGGCGAAAUUAUCACAGCAGAACCAGAAAAACAAUGGACAAAGUAAUAUUAAUAACAAUUUCAGUAACACUACAAGUAAUGGUGUUACUAAGGUGAAGAGAACUAGGAGAAGUGUUCAAAGGGAUUCACCUCCUCAACGUAGCUCAAUUUAUCGAGGGGUCACUAGGCAUCGGUGGACAGGUCGAUAUGAAGCUCAUCUCUGGGACAAGAAUUGCUGGAAUGAAUCACAAAACAAGAAAGGACGCCAAGUCUACCUUGGUGCUUAUGAUGAUGAAGAAGCUGCAGCACAUGCUUAUGAUUUAGCAGCACUCAAAUAUUGGGGUCAAGAUACCAUUCUUAACUUUCCGUUAUCAACAUACCAGAAGGAAUUGAAAGAAAUGGAAGAUCAGUCAAGAGAAGAGUAUAUUGGAUCAUUGAGAAGGAAAUCCAGUGGUUUCUCUCGCGGAGUUUCGAAAUAUAGAGGUGUUGCUAGACAUCAUCACAAUGGGAGAUGGGAGGCUCGCAUUGGCAGAGUGUUUGGCAACAAAUACCUCUAUCUUGGGACAUAUGCUACCCAGGAAGAAGCUGCCACCGCUUACGAUAUGGCUGCAAUAGAGUACCGGGGAUUAAAUGCUGUCACAAACUUUGAUUUAAGCCGCUACAUCAAAUGGCUUAAGCCUAAUCAAACCAAUGCUGACAGUAACCCUAACCAUAGCCCUAAUAUCGACACUAUUACUGCAACAACUUCAACAGUAACACCAAACCCUAAUCAAGAGCUUAACCUAAGCUUCUUUGGCAACAAUAACCAGCAGCUGCAAGCCUCCAGUGUCCCUAAUGAAACCGUGCUGACUCAACCACGGCCUGUGAAUGCCACAUCAGCCCUAGGGCUUCUUCUUCAAUCUUCAAAAUUCAAGGAGAUGAUGGAGAUGACAUCGGCUGAAGAUCACUGCCAAUUGACACCACUGGUAUCGGAACCAAUGCAAUGCAGCUUUCCUGAAGACAUACAAACGUACUUCGAAUGUCAAUAUUCGAGCAGUUACGUAGAGGCAGGUGCUGAUAUUAUUUUUGGUGAACUCAACUCGUUCAUCCCACCAAUGUUCCAAUGCGACCUUGAUGCCUAGACCAAGCCAAUUCUAGUGCAUUGUGGAUGACUUGUCUCUUAACUUUUCUUCAUUUAUUAUUCAUAUAUAUAAACCAAUAAAAAUAU